AAUGUAUAAGAAAUAUAGGAGGAUAUAAGGAGAAGAAAUAUGGUAGAAGGUCUAUGUAAGAGGUUGUUUGAGUUCAAACAGUGAGCUCACUGCGUUUGAUGUGGAUCUCGUGCGCUCUCGCGGGAUCCCGACGCGGUCACCGACCGAACGCGCUGUUGCCGUCGCUGGUUGCUGUGGAUUUGAUUGACGGGGAACAUGUUGGUGCGGUGCAGGAGCGCAGGGAUGCUACAGAGGGGGAGGAAUAUCUGCGCCCAAAACACACCAAAACACACACACCGCGCUUAGAGACAGCACACCGCCUUCAGUUCCUUAUUUUGUUAUUAGAGAGAGAGAGAGAGAGAGAGAGAGAGAGAGAGAGAGAAAGAGAGAGAGAGAAGAGAAAAAAUGCUUGCGCGAUGGAUGGUGACGGUCGCCGAUGCUCAUGACACCGCACUGAGGAUCUGAUCCCCCUCUCCUCUCCUCUCCUCCUCUCCUCCUCCUCCUUCCCCCAAUCUCUUAUUUCUUGUGUUAUUAUGGUAGGCUGAUGAUCAUGCAAACGGCGUCAGGAGACCCGAAACCGACAACGAUGAUGGAAUCGCCUUACACGUAGAGUCGAGCCUGUCGCGCGCGCUCCGUGAUUUUUAUUAUUUAUUAAUUAAUUAAUUUAUUUAUUUAUCUAUUUAUUUAUCUAUCUAUCUAUUUAUUUAUUUAUUUUAUUUUAUUUUCUAAUUCCAAGUCCGAUACGCACGGUUCUAUUCCGUUUGUUGUUGUUUUUUUUUGCACACACGGUUUAUCCUUCUAUUCACGCUAAGGAAAGUAACCCGGUCCAUCAUCAGCAUCAGCCUCAUCGUAAAAAAAAAAAAAAGCAAAAAAAAAAAAACAACAACAACAAAACGGACCCCGCACAUGAUGGACGAGGAAAAGAUGACGAAAAGCGAUGAGGCUCACCUGAGUUUGCAGAAAGCCCUGCAGCAGUGCGAGCUGGUGCAGAACAUGAUCGACAUCAGCAUCUCCAGUCUGGAGGGGCUCAGGACCAAAUGUGCCACAUCCAACGAUCUGACGCAAAAAGAAAUCCGCACGCUCGAGGGUAAGCUGGUGAAGUACUUUAGCCGGCAGCUCUCCUAUAAACAUAAAGUGCCCUUACAGGAACGGAACGUGGAGCUGGACGGCUUUCCUCGUCUCAUGCAUUGGCUUCGCAUCGUCAACAUGAGGAAGGAGGUCACAGAGGAGAUCUCUCCAGGCGAGUUGACCCUCGAGUCACUCUUAGACAUGUCAGAUGAAGACGUGUGUGAGACACUGCAGAAGUUUGGAGCAAGUGAGGAUGAGUGCGCUCGCUUGAACGCCUCCCUCACCUGUCUACGCUCCGCUCACAAAUCAGAACAACUCGAGGACGACAAAUUACACAGUAACGGAGGAUUCGGCAGCGCUCAGCCUAAGCAGGACUGGUCCAUCCAGUGGCCGACGUCCGAGUCGGGGAAAGAGAACACCCCUUCAGGUACCCCAGACCCGGGGCAGUGGGUACGACUGCAGCUCUCGCAGAGCCCGAAGCCGCAGUCUCGCUACACCCACACUCUGUGCCACAGCCCUCAGGCCCUUGCUCCACCCACAUUCUACCCGCAGGCUGAGCGGCUGUGCGUGGACAUCUACUCGGGCAUGAUACCGGCGGGCAUGCUGGAUGUAGGGCACCGCUCUCUUCCCCCGUCGCCCAGGCAGAGGCACUUUCCUCACACACCCCCACGCACUCCGCUGGUGGUGAACACCAUGACGCCGCCGGGUACACCACCACUGCGCCGCCGAAAUAAAGUGAAGGCACCGGGCACGCCACCACCCGCCAACCGCAAACUCAUCCACCUGCUGCCUGGCUUUAGCGCUCUGCACCGCAGCAAAUCACACGAGUUCCAGCUGGGGAACCGUGUCGAUGAUGCACACACACCCAGAGCCAAGAAGAAGGCCAAACCUCUGAACCUGAAGAUCCACAGCAGCGUAGCAGGGAGUUGUGAGAACCUGCCGACUCAGCGAUCCCCUCUCCACUCGGAUCACUCCCUCCGCUCGUUUUUCUUCCCGAGCCUUGUGCCCUCCACGCCGCCCGUGCAUGCAGAGACGCCCUCUGCCAAUACCCUGUCAGUUCCUCGCUGGUCCCCACAGAUCCCUCGCAGAGACUUUGGUAACUCUAUUAAACACAGAUUUUCCACCAAAUACUGGAUGUCACAGACUUGUAUCGUUUGUGGGAAAGGAAUGUUAUUCGGCCUAAAGUGCAAAACCUGCAAGUUGAAGUGCCACAAUAAAUGUACCAAAGAAGCUCCUCCUUGCCAUUUACUUAUUUACCACCGAGGAGGUAGGAACUCGUUCAAAGAUCAAGGAACAUCUCAAGCUCGUCAGCUUGUCAGGACCGAGUCGGUGCCGUGUGACAUAAACAACCCGCUCAGGUACACAGACCUGCACAUCAGCCAGACGCUGCCCAAAACCAACAAAAUCAACAAGGACCACAUCCCUGUGCCGUACCAGCCUGACUCCAGCAGUAACCCCUCAUCCACCACCUCCUCAACCCCAUCAUCACCGGCUCCGCCUCUUCCUCCCAGUGCGACUCCUCCCUCUCCACUUCACCCAUCACAGCAGAGCGCCAGACAGACCAAACAUCCCAACCUAACAGCAUCUCAUUACUACAAAUACAAGCAGCAGUUCAUCUUUCCUGAUGUUACUCCAGAGGUUCCUAACAGAGCUCCUCAGGUUAUCCUCCAUCCUGUGCUGUCAGGGCCUGGUAACAAUGGCAAUCCUCUGCUCCAGAUCGAGGUGGAACCUACUUCAGAUAACGAAGACGGGAACCAUGAAGCGGAAGAUUCGGCCGACGAGUUUGAGGAGAUGAACCUGUCGUUGCUGUCUGCACGUAACUUCCCGCGCAAGGCGAGCCAGACAAGCAUCUUCCUACAGGAAUGGGACAUUCCUCUGGAGCAGCUGGAGAUCGGAGAACUGAUCGGGAAGGGCCGCUUCGGGCAGGUCUACCACGGCCGCUGGCACGGCGAGGUGGCCAUCCGUCUCAUCGACAUCGAGCGAGACAACGAGGAUCAGCUCAAGGCCUUCAAGCGGGAGGUGAUGGCGUACAGGAACACGCGCCACGAGAACGUCGUGCUUUUCAUGGGGGCAUGCAUGAGCCCACCGCACCUGGCCAUCAUCACCAGUCUGUGUAAAGGAAGGACUCUGUAUGCCGUUAUAAGAGAUGCAAAAGUCAUCCUGGACGUCAACAAGACCAGACAAAUCGCACAGGAGAUGGUUAAGGGCAUGGGCUAUCUGCAUGCCAAAGGCAUUCUUCACAAGGACAUUAAGUCAAAGAACGUCUUCUACGACAACGGGAAAGUGGUCAUCACCGAUUUCGGACUCUUCACCAUAUCCGGCGUCUUACAAGCAGGCAGUAGGAGAGAGGAUAAGCUGCGGAUCCCUAGCGGCUGGCUCUGCCAUCUUGCUCCAGAGAUCAUCUGCCAGCUCUCUCCGGAGACAGCCGAAGAUCAGCUCCCCUUCUCCAAACAGUCGGACGUCUUUGCCUUCGGGACGAUCUGGUACGAGCUGCACGCACGAGAAUGGCCUUUUAAGAACCAGCCGGCUGAGGUGAUCAUAUGGCAGGUGGGCAGCGGGAUGAGACCCAACCUCACUCAGAUCGGCAUGGGCAAAGAGAUAUCGGACAUCCUGCUGUUCUGCUGGGCUCACGAGUCCGAGGAGAGACCCAGCUUCUCCAAACUGAUGGAGCUGCUAGAGAAACUGCCCAAGCGAAACCGCCGCCUCUCGCACCCCGGACACUUCUGGAAAUCAGCUGAGUAUGUAAAAUGAGCCAGGUUCUAAAAAAAAAGUACUCUGAAGUCCUGGAGAUUGAGCUUAUUGGCGUUAGACACGCGGCAUUGUAGGAAAACUGUGCACUGGGGGAAACGGCUUUGUACGGAUCGUACGUGUUGGCAUCAUGUUCUUCUGUUUAUUGUUUGAUCACGUAUGGACGACGGAAGAUUCCUUUAUUAUUUAUUGUUUAAUUCUCUGUUUGUUUGUUUUUUUUUCCUCCUUAAUCUAUUCAAUCUGUUUAUGUUCUGAACUUUUCAAUUUAUUCAUGAUUAAUUUGUCAAUGUUAUCUUUUUGAUGAACUUCUGUUCAGUCACAAGCCAUGUCAGUGUGUUUGAUGAUGCAUUUUUAUGAACAAAUGCAAAUUGUUUUUUUUUUGGUUUUUUUUUUGUUUGUUUUUUAUCCUCUACGUCCUGCGUCUGUAAUUUUUAUUUUCAUGAGAUUAUGGAGUGAAUGUAUUUAUUUUGUGAAUUGAACUAUUGUUUAUUUAUUUAUUUGCUUUCAGUCCAAUCACUGGCAUCCAUUUUGUGUGUUAUGUACAGUACGUGUGUGUGUGUGUGUGUGUGUGUGUGUGUGUGUGUGUGUGUGUGUGUGUGUGUGUGUGUGUGUUUGUGUGGGCGUGUUUAAAACUAUCUAACUAAAACAAAUGUCUCCACAAGGACACGAAUAUCUGAGUCUAACCUUUUAAUUUGAAUUGAAUUUUUUUAUUCCUAAAAGGACAUGAUUUUUAUUUAAAAAAAAUAAAAAUAAAAUAAAAAUCGAAAAAGUUUCUUUUUGUUUUAGGAUUCCAAAAUUUACAUAGUGUCCAUAAGCUGCAUUAAUAACUAAAGUCAGCAGAUGGUCCUCACAAUGAUAGUCUGACAAACACAGUGUGUGUUUGUGUGUGUGUGUGUGUGUGUGUGUGUGUGUGUGUGUGUGUGUGUGUGUGUGUGUGUGUGUGUGUGUGUGUGUUCAUGUGGCCGUUUCAAAUCAUAAAGCUUUACUGCUCUUCGAAGGUGCACAAGUAUCCUUACUUUUCAAGAUAAAUACAAACAAACUAGAAAAGGGGCUGAAAAGACAAUGAAAAGAAAAGAAAAAAAAUGAUGAUUUAAGUUAUUUUUUUUUUUUUACGAUUGUACACGGAAUCACAGACGCUUGAAUUAUAUCACAUCGAACUGUGAAGACGUGAGAUCUUGUCGAAGUUAAACUAAACACUGAUCCUGAGCCUGUAAGAAUCAGACAGAGAUUUGAACUCGAAGGCGUUUUUGAAAACCACACCGUUGUACAAUACAAGAUUUUUUUCCAUCGUUGUGUUUAAACUAUGAAACUCCAACGACUGUUGCAUGCAAAGCAUUGUUAGUGGAAAAAUGCGACGGCAAACCUUCCAUAUUUUGCUCUUUUAUCCUAUAACUAUGGAGGCGACAUUUUAGCUGCGUAUGGCUUUAAGAUCACGGUUGCGUACGCCAUACUGUACGUGUUCACUCUGGGCGAAGACAAUCCGUCCUUCUCACUGCUUACAGAUCUGUUGCUGCUGUUUUUCAAAUCUAUUUUGGGAUCUCUGAGAUUCAGAUAUUUGUUUUUUUUUGUGGGUCAUUUAUAUUUGUACAGCUUAAGACGUUUUAAGUGCAUGGACGAACGACCCGUAAUCGGGCGCUUCUUUAACAACAAAAAAAAAAGACCUCAUGUAAUGAAUAGUGUUUAAUUAGAAUAUUCUCUCUCAUCGCUACUGUAAUAUUUUGAGUCAUCGAACAUCAUUAGACCGCUUUUAAAAUAUGUAAGAUAGAUGUUUCUAAAAGUUUCAACUUUUAACUACUUGUGAUAUUAUCUAAUCCAUUCUAUAAGUCUGUAUUAUGUAUCAGGUUGGAGUAUGAGAGCCAGGAGGAAAUAAACAGGAAGAAGGAGGAAGUGAACAGGAAGUGCUUGUUUACAAGCUUGUUUGCCGUGCAAUGGACCCCGGGUUCAAAUUCGUAGCUGUAAAUGAAUUUUAUUUGGAUUCACCAAUCCCAUGUGUCUUUCUUUCUUUCUUUCUUUCUUUCUUUCUUUCUUUCUUUCUUUCUUUCUUUCUUUCUUUCUUUCUUUCCAUAUUUUUAACUCUUCUGAUUUCAUGUUUAAGUUAUUAUCUAACUUUUUGUUUUGUUCACUUUUGUGUGUUUGUGUGUGUGUGUGUGUGUGUGUGUGUGUGUGUGUGUGUGUGUGUGUGUGUGUGUGAGAGUGAAUAUUUGAUUGCCUUUUCCUUUUCUCCAUGAUUGAGUUCCUGUAUUGUAGGCUGUAGGUGUGUCAAUGCUUGUAAUUACAGAUGCCUUAUGGUGCACAGCUUAGUGACUGCUUUACUCAUCACAAGCUCCGUUCUUUCACUCAUACUUUACGAAAAAACUAUAUAUAUAUAUAUA